CAGUUUUCGAACUCGAGGCAUUCGAGCAAUCAUGUCUGAUUUCAAGAAAAGGAAAUUGAAUAGCUCAGCAUCUUCCACGGUCCAUGCUUCUAGAUUCAAAGAGUCGAAACGCUCCGUACCACCUUCGAAUGCAACGAAACAUGCGCGAACAGCGAAACCUGCGAGACCUGCGAGACCUGCGCCGCCUAGAAAAGUAGAAGAACCAGAGUCCAGCGAGGAUGAGGAUGAGAAUGAUACCUAUGGUGAAGAGGAAGCCACUGUUACAACUGGAAAACGUGCCUUGCGCACCGGCAGUACUGAAGGCGGCUCGAGUGACGAGGUUGACGAGGAUGUUCUGGACGGCAAUACUGUAACAGCAGGCGAAGAGGCUGCCACAAAGAAGACAUUUGAGGAGCUGGGAAUAAGAGAGGAGCUUUGUGAAGCUUGCACAAAUCUAGGCUUCAAGUUUGCGACCCCUAUUCAAGAGAAGUCUAUACCUCUGGCGCUUGAGGGGCGGGACAUCAUUGGCCUCGCUGAAACAGGUUCUGGAAAGACAGCAUCUUUUGUGCUUCCGAUGCUUCAGGGACUCAUGGAGAAACCUCAGUCACUGUAUUCCUUGAUUCUUGCGCCCACUCGCGAGCUUGCUAAGCAAAUUUCUGAACAAGUCGAAGCAUUGGGGUCGGUCAUCAACGUCAAAUGCGCACUCCUUCUUGGUGGCAUGGAUAUGAUUCCACAAGCCAUUGCUCUUUCCAAGAAACCGCAUGUUAUUGUUGCUACACCAGGUCGAUUGCUCGAUCACCUUGAGAAUACGAAGGGGUUUAGCCUCAAGCAUCUUAAGUUUCUGGUCAUGGACGAAGCUGACCGACUUCUCGACCUUGACUUUGGCCCGAUCCUCGACAAGAUCCUAAAAGUCCUUCCCCGAGAAGGUCGACGAACAUAUCUGUUUUCCGCGACCAUGAGCUCGAAGGUGGAAUCUUUGCAACGAGCAUCCCUCCAGAAUCCCGUGCGCGUCAGCAUUAGCAGUUCUGAGCACCAGACAGUGGCGAAUCUCCUGCAGAAGUUUCUCUUCUUACCAUAUAAACACAAGGAUGUCUACCUCAUCUACUUGAUCAAUGAGAAUGUCGGCCAUAGCGUUAUCAUCUUCACAAGAACCGUGAAUGAAGCUCAGCGCGUAGGGAUUCUGCUCCGGACCCUCGGCUUUGGCGCCAUUCCUCUACAUGGUCAACUCAGUCAAAGCGCGCGCCUCGGCGCUCUUUCGAAAUUCAAGUCUCGAAGUCGAGACAUUCUAGUUGCAACCGACGUUGCAGCCCGAGGUCUCGACAUCCCCUCGGUAGACCUUGUAAUCAACCUCGACCUUCCCGCCGACUCAAAGACAUACGUGCACCGCGUAGGUCGUACUGCACGUGCAGGUAAGUCCGGGAAGGCAGUUUCUUUUGUCAGCCAGUACGAUGUAGAAAUCUGGCUGCGUAUCGAGCGCGCUCUGCAGAAAACGAUUGAGCAAGAGGAGAUUCCAAAAGAGGAAGUCAUGGUGCUUGCGGAGAGGGUUAGUGAGGCGCAGAGGGUCGCCGUCGGUGAGAUGAAGAUCAUCCACGAUCAAAGGGGCAGGAAGGGUGGUGGCGGCGCAGGGGGGAUGAGGGCACGCGGACGAGGGAGGGGAAGAGAUGACAUGGACCGGGAGGAUGGUUGAUCUGAGUUUCCAAAAUCGUCACCUUGUACGCAGGAUGGGGAGAUUUUGGAUUGGGUUGAAAAGGCGCUGGUUGACAAUACCCACAUGAAUACCUUCUAAAAGCUCAUAUUGCCUGAUCAUACCUUUUUUCAAAAACUCUUCAUGUCCAUAUGAUAAUAUGCGUACAGUUUUAUUAACUAC